UAUGUUAACCGAAGAAACCGUCGAUUUUUUAGUUGUUAACGCGGUUGAGAAAGAAAUCGUUGAAAGAGACGUUUGCCAAGUACUCUUUGUUAUAGCUGAAGAUAAUAGCUCUACCGAGGUAGAGGUUUUGUCUUUAGUUGAUUUAACUCCAGUAGUACCCGUUGAACUUGUUUCAGUUGUUGUAAUGAAUUUUUUAGAUGUUGAAGUAAAAUCAUUUUUAGUCUGA